AUGCCUGGCUCACAAACUGGAUUUGGUAACUUCUUCAUCGACAGAAAUAUCAGCAUGCCCGCUGGAUAUCAUAUAUUGGGAUGUCCACCUGGAGUACAACAGCCACCCCCGCACCUCGCUGCCGUGGCUGGGGUUGCCGUACCCUUCUCAAGUGUACCGGGAUACAACUUUAUUCCCUAUCCACACCCCGGACCUGUGGCGCACAUGAGCAACACUUACGAUCUGAAAGCUACCUCCUCCUAUCACCAUGCUCUCCUCGGCCGCGGAGAGCCAUACUUUUCCCCGUACCGUCCGGUGGCCGCGGACGACCCAACCCGAGUCACCAAGGUGGCAACACGGGAGAGCACGAGUGCGCUCAAAGCUUGGCUCAGUGAGCAUUUGAAAAAUCCUUAUCCCACUAAGGGCGAGAAGAUCAUGCUUGCCAUUGUGACAAAGAUGAGUCUGACUCAGGUGUCCACCUGGUUCGCAAACGCCCGGCGGCGUCUGAAAAAAGAGAACCGUGUGAGUUGGGCAACUAAAGGGAAGUCUGACGAGGAGGAGGAUGAGGAAGAAGGGGGUGAGAGCGAAGAAGAAAGCUCUCUUCAGCAAGGCCAGUACUCGAAAGACGAAGACGAAAUCGACCCACAGUCCGUUGAUGAGGAGGAAGACUCAGCGGAACAGCAUUUAGUACAUGGACUCAAUGAGCCAAAGGAGGGUGACAAUUCAAAGACUGUGAUCGUUAAGGUGGAGAGGCGCGAGACGGAGUGUGAAACGUCUCAUAAGGACAGUAAGGAAAGUGCUGAGAUCCAGAAACCCAAAAUCUGGUCUCUUGCGGAAACUGCAACCUCAGAAUCUGUGAAAAGGCCUCAAGAUGUGGCAAAUACUCGCAGCAAUGGGUCAGACGUUGCGAAUUGGUGGUUUGGGGAAGACCCUUUCCUGUUCCAGCAUUACCGUGCCUCUGUGCACAAAGCAACAUCUAUAAAGACAUGGCUUGAGGAGUUUGGUGUAGAGGAACGCCAGUGGCCUGCACAGAGCCCUGACCUCAACACCACUGAACACCUUUGGGAUGAGUUAGAACACUGA